GAGGAACAGCAGAUAUACUGUUUCCGGUUCUCGAUUUUAAAAGGACCAACAUGACUCGACAUGGAAAGAACUGUACAGCAGGAGCCGUUUACACUUACCACGAGAAGAGGAAAGACACCGCGGCGUCGGGUUAUGGGACACAGAGUGUGCGUCUGGGAAAAGAUGCGAUUAAAGAUUUCGACUGCUGUUGUCUUUCCUUACAGCCCUGCCGGGAUGCUGUUAUAACUGAAGAUGGAUACAUAUAUGAAAAAGAAGCCAUAUUGCAAUACAUCCUUCACCAAAAGACGGAGAUUGCUAAGAAAAUGAAGGCAUAUGAGAAGCAGAAACAGGCUUUGAAGAGUGAGGGCCGGUUGGAAUCCAAGUCCGACGAGAGACAGAGAGCAGAGAAGUUCAAACAGAGAGAGAACAACAUUGUCUCCAAGCCAAUCAACCCCUUUACCUCAGAUGAUGGAACCCCAAAGAGCUCAGCCAGUUCCUCCACUUCUGAGGCUUCAUCGGGGGAGUCUAGUUCUUCUUCAUCACUGCCCAGCUUCUGGAUCCCCAGCCUCACACCAGAGGCCAAGCCCGCCUUGCUUAAAAAACCUUCAAAGACAGUGUUAUGCCCCAUGUCAGGGCGUCCUUUAAAGAUGAGUGAUUUGAUUUCUGUGCGCUUCACUCCUCUGGACCCCAGUCUGGACAGAGUGGCCCUCCUCACACGGCAGGACAGAUAUGUGUGUGCAGUAACCAAAGACACUCUUGGGAACUCUGUGCCCUGUGCGGUUCUCAGGCCCUCUGGAGCGGUAGUCACUAUGGAAUGUGUAGAGAAGCUCAUAAGAAAAGACAUGACUGAUCCAGUGACAGGAGACAAACUGAAAGAGAAGGACAUUAUACCUUUUCAAAGGGGUGGGACUGGCUUUGCAGGCUCAGGUGUGGAUCUCAAAGCUAAGGAGGCCAGACCCGUCAUGCAAGCAUGAAGGAGAGGAUUGCAGAAAUGAAUGGACAUCACUUGGACCCUGUAAAUAUAUUGACAUUAAUUCUGUUGGGCGUUUAGUCACUCUUUUGUUGAAAGGAAACUGAAUGAAUCGAAGUUAUUUAGGUUUUUCUUGCCCCUGAAGAUACUGUCAUGUUUACAUAUUAAUACACAAAUGUUACCUUUUUUUUUUUUAAUAAAGCAUUCAAUA